CAUCCGAGAGUCGUCGAUCUGAUGUCUCUACUCGACCGAUGUAUCUCACGUCUCCUACUGCGUCCACUUCCUUCCGACAUCAAUCUGGACUCGGUGCAGGCUUUACUUCUGUACGCACAGUGGAUGUCAUCCGAUGAGAAACAUCGUGAAGACGCAUCACGCCCGCCGUCGUCCCCAAGAAGCAGGUACAAUGAUGUCAGUGCCUGGGCCGUGCUAGGCCUUGCAGCUCGCUAUGCAAAGCUACUUCGCAUCAACCAACAUCUGGUAACCAUAGGACAAAAUGACUACUACGAGGAUGACUUUGCCCGCUUCAGGACAUACUAUAAUCUGAUAUCGUGUGAUUUCAAUCUGAUGCUGAGCUCAGGUUUGCCAGUCUCCAUCGAUCCGACGUCAACGCGACAAGGAAUGCAUGAGCUCGUUGGAAGCGAUCGCUCUCAACUGCCAGGCGAUUUGAGAAUUGUGGCCCUGAUUGAGCUGGUGAGUCUAACCUAUCAGACACUAACCAAAUGUGGCGACUUUUCUGGUCGUAAGCUGGAUCCGAGAUCCUUGAGGUCUUUGAAUAUAGAUUUGGAUCAAUGGGAAAGACUUUGGACUGUCAAGUUG